CCGCUUGAUGGCGUGAAUGAUGCUCGAUUUCAGACCUUGUGUCGGAUUCUCUGGGGCUGGACAUCGUGUACUACCUGCUCUACUGCCAAGCCAUGUGAAGGGCAAGAAUGCCCACAACGCCGACUUCUGCGACUUGAGCCAUUCUUCCGAUAUUACGAAGAAGUCGCAGGAUCAUACGUCCCAGAAUCGUUUAUGCCUGAUGCUCCACGGGCGUUGAGAAGCCAUGAAGACUUGUUUCAAAUCAUUGAGCUUUUGCAGGAACGGCCAUCUGCUCCUCGAAACGAACUAUCGACAUCGUACUUCGCUAUCAGAAGCAAUGGAAAUGGACAGCUCCCCUCGCUAGACGACCAACAUCGGGCCUUUAACUUGGCUUUGAGGGUCCUUCUCAUGGUCAGUUGCUGUGUCGAAAACCAGAGCGGAGGUCUCUUGGAAUCUGGAAGAGAACCAUGUGUCUGGAGAAGCGAUCAAUCCGUGGCUGACUUUACGACGUCCACCUUUCCAUUCAGGGAGCAUCCAAGUCUGGAUGGAGGGUGUGAAUCGCCUAUCGACAUAAAAUCAGAGUUAUCAGCAAUUAAGCUCAAACGAAUUGCUGGUCUGAAGAUCCAAGGAACAACAGAGCUGCGAGAUCACUUGAGAUUAGAUCAGAAAACGGGGGUAUUGGAGAUUUAUCACCUCACUAGCGUGUUACGAGAACACCUCAGAUCGUCGGUUCUCGAAGGGCCGGGAAUUAUACCACGACAACUGGCUCUUGAAACCCUACAAUCUCUGCGUAUUCUCUUCCCUUUGGACUCGGAUUCUCAGUCGUUACUUCGGUCGCUUGUGUCGAAAGAACUUUUCGAUCCCGAUUGCUUGCGCUUUGGCACUACGUCGUAUCAGCGACAGAAUGAAUCCGAGACAAGCUACUGGUUUUGGGGGUCUCGGCUUAUGGAUCUAUUUGACGAAAUUGAAAACCCUAAACCUCGAAGUUGGUUGGAAGUUUGGAUGGACAAAAGAAGUAAAGCAAGACACGUGAUGAUGGCGACACUUAUAGGUGUUAUUAUAGCUGUUUUAUUAGGCAUAUUUGGGCUU